CCUGGGAAGGAAAAGAACCUUAACAAUGAAUAGACCACUCAUCACUACCAACAACAGAUGACUUGCCAUUUCAUUUAUAAAGAUGUCGUCUGCUACUGAAAGUGGAGAUACAGCCCCAGGAAAACAAAAUGAAGAAAAAACUUAUAAAAAGACUGCGUCAUCUGCUAUAAAAGGUGCUAUUCAGCUGGGAAUAGGAUACACGGUUGGUAACCUCACUUCCAAGCCAGACCGGGAUGUUCUCAUGCAGGACUUUUAUGUGGUGGAAAGUGUGUUCCUGCCCAGUGAAGGGAGCAAUCUGACCCCGGCUCAUCAUUACCCAGACUUCCGAUUUAAGACAUAUGCUCCACUAGCAUUCCGAUACUUCAGAGAGCUUUUUGGCAUCAAGCCUGAUGAUUACUUGUAUUCCAUCUGCAGCGAGCCCCUCAUUGAGCUGUCCAACCCCGGGGCCAGCGGUUCCUUGUUUUUUGUGACCAGUGAUGACGAAUUCAUCAUCAAGACCGUUCAGCACAAGGAAGCAGAGUUCCUUCAGAAAUUACUGCCAGGGUACUACAUGAAUUUAAACCAGAACCCAAGGACUCUUUUGCCAAAAUUCUACGGACUGUACUGCAUGCAGUCCGGUGGCAUCAACAUCAGGAUUGUGGUGAUGAACAACGUCUUGCCACGCACCAUGAGGAUGCACUACUCGUACGACUUGAAAGGCUCAACCUAUAAACGAAGAGCAUCCCGAAAGGAGAGAGAGAAGUCCAACCCCACGUUCAAGGACUUAGACUUCCUGCAGGACAUGCACGAAGGGCUGUAUUUUGAUACUGAAACAUACAACGCACUGAUGAAAACACUCCAGAGAGACUGCCGGGUGCUGGAGAGCUUCAAAAUUAUGGACUAUAGCCUUCUGCUGGGCAUCCAUGUCUUAGACCAUUCCCUCAAAGACAAAGAGGAAGACACCUCACAAAAUGUGCCUGAUGCUAAGCGGCCAGGCAUGCAGAAAGUCCUCUACUCAACAGCGAUGGAGUCCAUCCAGGGUUCAGGGAAGUCAGGAGAUGGGAUCAUCCCAGAGAACCCAGACACAAUGGGAGGUAUCCCAGCUAAAAGCCAUAAAGGAGAAAAACUGCUUCUAUUUAUGGGCAUCAUUGAUAUCUUGCAGUCAUACAGGUUAAUGAAGAAGUUGGAGCAUUCCUGGAAGGCUCUUGUUUAUGAUGGGGACACUGUCUCGGUUCACAGACCAAGUUUUUAUGCAGACAGAUUUCUAAAGUUUAUGAAUUCCAGAGUUUUCAAGAAAAUUCAAGCUGUGAAGGCCUCACCCUCUAAGAAACGGUGCAAUUCCAUUGCCGCUCUGAAGGCGGCCUCCCAGGAGAUAGUGUCCUCCAUCAGCCAGGAAUGGAAGGAUGAGAAGCACGAUUUGCUAACUGAAGGGCAGAGUUUCAGCAGCCUUGAUGAAGAAGCGCUGGGAUCCCAACACCGCCCGGACCUGGUUCCCAGCACCCCAUCACUGUUCGAAGCUGCUUCCUUGGCAACCACAAUUUCAUCUUCUUCCUUGUGCGUCAAUGACCAUUAUCCGCAUGACAGGACUACGCUUUAUUCAAACAGAAAAGGAUUGCCUUCCAGUUCAACAUUUACUUUGGAAGAGAGGACCAUCUACCUGACCUCUGAGCCAGAUGCUCUGGAAACACAGGAUGAUAAUGCCUCAGUGCUUGAUGUCUACUUAUAAGCAAAUGUGGUGAGCCACCUGAGCAGAUGAUGAGCAUGGACACUGUGGGAGAGAAGCAUUUCCACUCCAGAAUCCCCACAGGAACCUGGCCGAGCCCACCACCCACAGAGUCCUAAGCUACUGAAGUGAUGAGUGUGCGAGAUGGCAGGGGAGUGUGGCCCAGGGACCGAUCAGCAGAUGGCAUGUGUAAACACAACACUGCUCUAUCUCUUGCUGUUGCUUGCUGAACUGUGAAGAACUGCAUGAACUAUAUCUAAGCUGCAUUCUAGACCAUUGCCAAUUACCUGAUUUUGGACUUGCAAGUACCAUUUUCCUGUUGACUCUUGCGUUGUUUCAUUUUGCAUGUAGCCAGUGAUUACACAUAUGCACCAUAAGUAAUCUGCUUAUAUAUUUUCUAAGAAAAUCCUCUCAUGCAAAAUGGUGAAUAAAGUAUAGAUUCUGCUCUUUUUUUUUUUUUUUUUUGCCAAAUUAUAAUCACCCAUGCCAUUGAAAGUUUAAAUUGGUUUUCUAUAAAGAUCAGUGUCAUAGGUCUGCAUAUACUUUAUAGAAAGCUAGCUUCUAUAAAGAUUUUUUUCACUGUUUACUAGUGAAAUGAGAAAAGCAAAAUUAUUUAUGAAAGGCCUAAUAUGUACAUAUAUUGUCUUUGAAAUAUUUGUGAUUUAGUUUAUUGCCUGUAACAGAGAAAUUAUAUAAUUUAUUCAGUAAAUACUACUGUAAACUAUAGUUUUAUUGAGAGAAAUAAAAUAUUUUGUUCUCAA